ACUGGAGCAUGGGACGGCGCGCCUGAAGGAGCAGGGGCGAGGCAGGGGCCUGGGCGCCCGGCAGGAAAAGAGGAGAGACAGGGACCCGAGAGCAGAGGAGGAAGAUGCAACUGACUCGCUGCUGCUUCGUGUUCCUAGUGCAGGGCAGCCUCUAUCUGGUCAUCUACGGCCAGGAUGACGGUCCUCCCGGCUCCGAGGACCCGGAGCGUGAUGACCACGAGAGCCAGCCCCGGCCCCGGAUGCCUCGGAAGCGAGGCCACCUCUCACCUAAGUCCCGCCUCGUGGCCAACUCCACUCUCCUAGGGCUGCUGGCUCCCCCCGGGGAGGCAUGGGGCGUCCUUGGCCAGCCCCCCAACCGCCCGAACCACAGCCCCCCACCGUCGGCCAAGGUGAAGAAAAUCUUCGGCUGGGGUGACUUCUACUCCAACAUCAAGACGGUGGCCCUGAACCUGCUCGUCACGGGGAAGAUCGUGGACCACGGCAACGGGACCUUCAGCGUCCACUUCCGACACAACGCCACCGGCCAGGGCAACAUCUCCAUCAGCCUCGUACCGCCCAGUAAAGCUGUAGAGUUCCACCAGGAGCGGCAGAUCUUCAUCGAAGCCAAGGCCUCCAAGAUCUUCAACUGCCGAAUGGAGUGGGAGAAGGUGGAACGGGGCCGCCGGACCUCGCUCUGCACCCACGACCCGGCCAAGACCUGCUCCCGAGACCACGCUCAGAGCUCAGCCACCUGGAGCUGCUCCCAGCCCUUCAAGGUCGUCUGCGUCUACAUCGCCUUCUACAGCACGGACUAUAGGCUGGUCCAGAAGGUGUGCCCAGAUUACAACUACCACAGUGAUACCCCCUACUACCCCUCCGGGUGACCCUGGGCAGGCCACAGAGGCCGGGCCGGGGCUGGAAGGACGGGCCUGCCUGCGGAGGAGGCCAUCUGGCUGGAUACUGGGCAGGGACACGGGGAGGGACCUCAGGCAGGGAAGGGGGGGGUGGAGAGAAGGAGAUGCCAGGUGGGGCCGGGGCCAAGUCUCACGUGGCGGUGGGGAAGGGGUCCCAAGUGCGGGGCCCCAGCCUGGGGUUGUGGGGCGGCCGGGGCAUAGGAGCACUGGAGGAGGAGUGGGGUCUCUGGGCAGCCCCGUGGGGCUCCCCUGCUGAGCGACAGGAAGGUGCUGGGCCCAGGAGACCGCUGGGGAAGGCAGACCAGUGUGGCCAGAUGAGGUCACGGAGAAGAGCCCGAAGCCUCGGCUCCCUCCUUUCCAUCCUGAGAAAGAACAACAAGGAGAGGGGUCUCUCAUCAGCAAGGGCACCGAAGGAUGGCAGAGACGAGACGGGGCUGCCCGGGAGCCAGCCCUGGGUGGGGGGAGGGGCGGGGCCGGAGGAACUCUUGAGCCCCGCUGAGUCAGCCCCCCCACCCCCCACAAGCCCAUUGUCCUGGACGGUGGACUGAACUUGGCUUCAGGCUGAAGUGGUGACCCUUGGAGUCGUUUUGACGUCUUGACGAAUAGACCGUCUGCUCCCCGCCAGGCCGUAACCUUCCCAAAAUUCCCUCUCCUGCCAUUGCCGCUCCUCCCCUCCCCGCCGCCCCUGUCCACCCUUGUGCCGAUGGGUCACCCAUCCUUCAGCUGCAACAGAGGGUGACUGUGGUUCUCCCACCACCAAGGCCACAGAUGGGAGCCCACCCUUGCGCUGUGUCCCCUCGCCACCCCACCCCCCUGCUGGCUCCUCUGGGAGCGUCCUCGUCCAGCCAGCAAGCCUUGCCCGUCAGCCUGGGACCCACCCGGAUGGAUACAGGGCCUUCAGCAGCUCGGGGCCGCGUGACGCCAGACUGACAAGGGCGCUGGACCUGUUCUGUGGUGUCUGUCUGUGGGUGGGGGAGGGGAGGGCGGGGUGUGCGAUCCCCUGAUUGUCAGCUUGUGUGCAGAGUCUUGUUCUGGAGCCGGGAAUAAAGCUU